AUGCAAUUUAUGCUUUACCUGACACUCUUAGGUGUACUUAGCACCACCAUGGGGAUGAAUGAAACCACGAGGCGCCAAGCCAACGUAACAGAAGAGGGAGAAGUACAGCAAUGCUCAAACUGCGAGUUCAGAGAACAGAGCAGACUAAUGAGACUCCACAACAUCAGAUCCCAAAUUCUCAGCAUUCUGAGGCUGGAGCAAGCUCCAAACAUCAGCCGAGAAAUGAUCAGGCAGCUCUUACCGAAAGCGCCUCCCUUGACACAACUUAUAGACCAGUAUGAGCAUCGUGUGGAGGAUGAGGAGCGUGCCACCACUGAAACGAUCAUAACCAUGGCAAAACCUGGACCAAUGUCACAACAAGACGGAAUACCGUCUUGUUGUUUCUUCAAUCUCAGUCCGAAGAUUCGACCUAACAACAUUUUACAUGCACAACUUUGGGUGCACCUGCGACCAGCUGACACAGUCACAACUGUCUUCUUGCAAAUCUCCCGCAUAAAAGCAACCACUGAGGGAAACUCACGCAUACGGAUCCUCUCCCUGAAGAUCGAUGUGGCUUCUGGUGCAAGCUCUUGGCAAAGUGUAGACAUCAAUCAAUUACUCAAAACCUGGCUUCGUCAGCCAGAAACUCAUUAUGGUCUCGAGAUCAAAGCUUAUGAUUCGAAAGGGCAGGACUUGGCUGUCACGGUAGCUGAGCUGGGAGAAGAGGGACUGCAACCCUUCAUGGAGGUGAAGAUAUUGGAGAGCCUAAAACGUUCCCGGAGGGCCUCAGGCCUGGACUGUGAUGAGGAGUCUUCAGAGACGCUGUGUUGCCGCUACCCCCUCACCGUUGACUUUGAGGCCUUUGGGUGGGACUGGAUCAUUGCCCCCAAACGCUACAAGGCCAACUACUGUUCUGGAGAGUGUGAGUACAUGCACCUCCAGAAGUACCCCCACACUCACCUGGUGAACAAGGCUAACCCCCGGGGUACCACAGGGCCCUGUUGUACUCCAACUAAGAUGUCCCCCAUCAACAUGCUCUACUUCAACCGCAUGGAGCAGAUCAUUUAUGGGAAGAUACCAUCUAUGGUGGUGGACCACUGUGGCUGCUCCUGA